AUGUCCGGCAUGAAUGGAAAGGGAGGUCUUCCAGCCUGGAGAUGGUUAUGCAUCAUCGAGGGCGCAGCAACGAUUCCAAUUGACCUGGUCGCAAUGUUCAUCCUGCCGGAUUACUCGGCCAUCACCAAAUGGCUCACUGACAAGGGUCGGAAUGUUACCCACUGGCAAUGGCUUGGAAUUGUCAUCCUAGUUAUCGUUACAACUUGA